AUGAACUCUACAGUGCUUUUAUAUAGUCUACAAGAAAAAUAUGCAGAUGCAUUUGCUAAAAAUUUUUCUAUUGUUUUGCUUGCUGUCAUAAUUAUCUCCAUAAAUGGAAUGUUUGUAUUCAUAUUCUUUAGGAGAUCAGUUUUCCACAGUGAUCCACGAUAUAUACUGUAUAUUCACUUGGUUAUGAAUGAUAUGCUCAUGGUUUUUAUUUCUGUAGUUCUUUUUGUGAUGACUUUUGCAUGGCAUAAUGUACCUGUCCCGCUUUGUGUAUUGUUCCUAUUAAUAACUUCGGCAACUCAUAGGAACACUCCUCUGACUUUGGCUGGUAUGGCUGUUGAGCGUUACAUUGCCGUCUGCAAACCACUGCAUCACCAUCAAAUUUGCACAGUGCGCUGGACAUACAUCCUCAUCUCUCUGAUAUGGAGUGUUGGAGUUUUACCUGGAUUGGCUGACAUUUUUCUCCUUUUAAUUAAUGGAUCUUUGGCUCUUUUUAUAACUUACUGUACUCCAGUAACUCUUUAUAACACACCAAACCAUGCUGAACUAAGCAAAAUUAUGAAUGGGAUUUAUUCAUCUGUUGUGUGGCUCAUACUUGUAUACACAUAUUGCCAAGUGCUGGUUAAGGCUAAAAGGUCUUCCACUAAUAAAUCCUCAGCAAAAAAGGCCCAAAGCACCAUCCUGUUACACGGAGCACAGCUUCUGCUCUGUAUGCUGUCCUACAUUACUCCUGUGUUAGACAAAAUGUAUGCACCACUCGUAACUGAACAGCAGAAGAAAAUAAACUUUUUCAACUAUCUACUAACUAAUAUUUUACCAAGACUCCUUACCCCCCUGAUUUAUGGUGUUCGAGAUAAACAAUUUUAUAAUCACAUUAAGGCACUCAUUUCAUGUAAAUUAUCAGUUGUAAAUGUUGAUCCAGCCAAACAAUAA